AUGGCUGCAGACGCCGUAUCCCUUGAUAGCCUCGAAGAAGUCCUCGCAAACGACACCCAGGUCAAAGUAGCUGGCUUCGAUGCCGAUGGCAUACUCCGCGGGAAACUCGUUUCGAAGAAGAAGUUCCUCUCGAUAGCUAAAGAUGGGUUCGGGUUCUGCUCCGUCAUCUUCGGGUGGGAUAUGCACGACCAAACAUACUUCAAGGAGCUGGGAAUAAGCAAUAAGGAGAAUGGAUACAGAGACCUGGUGGCUGUUCCAGACAUGAGCAGCUUCCGAAGGAUACCGUGGGAAGACAAUGUGCCUUUCUUCCUAGUCAGCUUCUUUGAUCCAGAGUCCAAGAAGUCGAUCUCAGCAUGCCCGCGGGGGUUGCUGAAGGCUGCUACCUCUGGGCUGGAGAAGAAGGGAUAUCAAGCCAUGGCUGGAGUGGAAUUUGAGUUCUAUCAGUAUCGAGCGCCUGCUACCGCCGACUCUUUUGAACGCAACUCCACGGGGACUGCCCGUUUUCUCAAAGAGAACCAGGUUACCGAUCUACAGCCAUUGACGGAGGGUAUGUUUGGUUAUAGCUUGACUCGGACUGUGCAUAACCAGGAAUAUUUUUACAAGAUAUUCAACACCUGUCGCGAAUUCAACUGCGAUGUUGAGAGCUGGCAUACCGAGAGUGGACCCGGUGUAUUCGAAGCUGCACUGCAAUUCGGAGAAGUAAAGGCGAUGGCUGAUCGAGGCGGCUUGUUCAAAUAUGUCGUCAAGUCAGUCGGCUCAAAAUAUGGAAUCACGCCGGUCUUCAUGGCCAAACCGCGUCAGGGCCUCCCCGGAAACAGCGGCCACAUGCACGUCUCUCUCGUUGAUGCAUCAGGAGCCAACUUAUUCGUCCGCGACUCUCCUGAUCCUUCUCCACCAUACCCCGAUCUUGCCUACAUCUCUGAUAUCGGGCGAUAUUUCCUUGCAGGAAUACUCGUCGGCUUACCAGAUAUAAUGCCCAUACUCGCUCCAACAAUAAACUCAUAUAAGCGAUUGGUAGAGAACUUCUGGGCUCCUGUAACGGUUUCAUGGGGUCUCGAACAUCGCGCUGCGUCAAUUAGAGUGAUCUCCCCGCCCACCUGCAGCGGGAAGGGAACGAGGUUUGAAAUCCGCGUCCCCGGCGCCGACGUUAAUUCGCACUACGUCCUAGCUGCAAUUGUUGCAUUAGGAUGGCGCGGUGUGGAGAAGAAGCUUGAUAUCCCUAUCCCCCCACUGCCCAAGGGCGAGGAUGUUGGCGGAAACGCCGACAAGGGCGAACGGCUGGCGAAGAAUCUCAAGGAGGCUGUUGUUCGGUUCACGGCCAAAGAGAGUAUUGCCAGGGAGGCGUUCGGGGACGAUUUUGUAGAUCACUUUGGUGGGACGAGAGAGCAUGAGAUUCGUCUUUGGGAAGAGGCCGUUACCGAUUGGGAGGUAAAACGAUAUAUAGAAACCGUGUGA